GGAUCGGGAAUCGGGAAUAGUGAUUCUAUUUUUGACUUCUGCAGUUACAUGUUAGAUUACGGACACUGUCAGCUCUUCGUUGAAAUGGAGCGAGAACAAAAUUGAAACCGCAAAAUGACCCAGACCGCUAUGAUAGCUGCGUUUUUCUAGCGACAGAAUUUUCAUGCACAACAGUUGUCUUAUUCGGCCGACAAAGUUCAGUCUCCCAAAGGAUCAUGAUACGUUUGUAAAAGUCAUAUUGCGGGGUUUGGUGAAAUCGCAAAUUUCAAGGUUAUUCGUUAAACGCAAAUGUUCAUUUUUUUCCCAAUAAGUUUCGCUGUUUAACAGAAAAUCUGAUUCUGUGAUAAGUGGAAAUCUGUUCGCUGCUGCUAAACAAUUAGCAGAUAGCGAAGUCCAGCUCAUAAAAGCUAUAGAAAAUUCAAAAGGAAAAGACAACAACAGUAUUAUUGGAAACAUGUCUAUGUCGGUGAAAAAAAGUGCCAAAAAAUCUGCGAAAAAUUCUAGCAUUCGGCCAUCCGCUGCUUUAAUAGCUGCUAAACGAGAGGCAACGCAACAACAUAUAUCGCAAAGGAUAAAGUGUAGCUCUAUCUUUGUACAUGAUAUAUAUCAAAAAGCCAUAGAUGCCAACAAUUUAAAGAGGAAGAAAACUGGUCUUGUAUACGAUCUGUCCAUGUCGGAACACGAAUGUCUUUGGGAUCCAAAUUAUCCAGAAUGUCCUGCCAGAUUGACGAAUGUUCUACGAAGAUGCGAAGAAUUAGGUUUAAUAAGUAGGUGCAAAUUCAUUGCACCUAGGCAUGCUACGGAGAAUGAAAUACUCACGAUGCACAGCCAAAAACAAAUCGAUAUUUUAAAGGCCACAGAUGGCUGUACAGAUGCAGAUAAAUUACGGUCUCUCUCGUCUAAAUACGAUGCAAUUUAUGUACACCCUUCUACCUACAAAUUGUCCCUGUUAGCCGUGGGCUCGACGAUCAACUUGGUGAAAAGUAUUUGUAAAGGUGAGGUACAAAACGGAAUGGCUAUUAUAAGACCACCUGGACAUCACGCAAUGAAAGUAGAAUAUUGUGGAUAUUGUUUUUUCAAUAAUGUUGCGAUCGCUGCUGAAAAUGUUUUGAGUAAUAAUUUGGCUAAUAAAAUUUUGAUCGUCGACUGGGAUGUACAUCACGGACAAGCAACCCAACAAAUGUUUUAUAAUGAUCCACGGGUAAUCUACUUUUCUAUUCAUCGUUACGAGAAUGGUGAAUUUUGGCCAAAUCUUCGAGAAUCUAAUUUUCAUUUUGUCGGAGAUGAUUUAGGACAAGGAUAUAACUUCAAUGUGCCUCUUAACAAAAUUGGUAUGACAAAUGCUGAUUAUUUAGCCAUAUUUCAGCAAGUUUUAUUACCAAUGGCUUACGAGUUUCAACCAGAUCUGGUAAUAGUGUCAGCUGGUUAUGAUGCAGCCUUGGGCUGUCCAGAGGGCGAGAUGUUGGUGAGCCCUGCAUGUUAUGCUCAUCUAUUAUCAUCUUUACUGAGUUUGGCAUCUGGAAAAGUUGCUGUUGUACUAGAGGGUGGCUAUUGUUUGAAAUCAUUAGCUGAAGGUGCAGCAUUGACGCUACGCACAUUGUUAGGCGAUCCGUGUCCCAUGUUACAAAAUCUUGAAUUACCUUCGUUAAGUAUACGCGACUCAAUUUUAAAUACGAUUUACAGUCAUAAAUUAUAUUGGAAAUGUUACCAAUAUCAGGAUACGUACAGUAUUAAUACUACCACGCAUAAUAAGGAGCAAAGUAUUAAUGAACAUUUACCUACAGUUGUAUUUAAAGGAAACGAUAUUAGGCCAGAAGUGUACGAAACUGGUAAUUGCUAUCCAGUUCAAAGUAAAGAAGUUAUCGAGUUGAUAGAAAAGCAGUUAAAUAUGUUAAUCCAAUUUACCAAUUUGUCCAUGUCAUCGAACAAAGUGUGCGUAGUUUAUGAUGAUAGAAUGUUAAGUCAUUGUGAUUUAGUUGACGAUAGUCAUCCGGAGAAACCAAAUCGUAUUAGUGGUAUUUACAAAAAGUACGAAGAAUAUAAUUUACUUGAUCGAUGUUGUGUACAACAGGGACGAAGUGCAACGAUGGAAGAAUUAUUACUGGCUCAUUCGAAAGAUUACAUAGAUAAGAUAAAGACCACCGAUGGUUUAAAAUACAAGGAGUUGCAGAAGCUGGCCACAACUUUUAACUCUGUUUAUUUACAUCCUGAAACUUGGACAAGUGCCUGUGUAUCUACCGGAUCUUUAUUACAAAUAGUCGAUAGCGUAUUAAAUGGAGAAAGCCAAUCUGGUGUAGCUAUUGUCAGACCUCCAGGGCAUCAUGCAGAAGAAGAUGCACCGUGCGGUUUCUGUAUUUUUAAUAAUAUUGCUGUAGCAGCUAGAUAUGCCAUAGAAUUUCAUCAGUUGAAAAGGGUUUUAAUAGUGGACUGGGACGUGCACCACGGCAAUGGAACGCAAUCGAUCUUCGAAGAAGAUCAAAAAAUUCUAUAUAUGUCUGUUCAUCGUUUUGAUAAUGGGAAUUUCUUCCCAAAUUCUAAACGUGCUAAUUAUACCUUUGUCGGUUCCGGCCCGGGAGAAGGUUUUAAUGUCAAUAUACCAUGGAACAAAAAAGGAAUGGGCGACGCAGAGUACAUAGCAGCAUUUCAACAAGCAAUAAUGCCAAUUGCAUAUAUGUUUAAUCCAGAACUAAUUUUAGUCUCGGCGGGUUUCGACGCAUGCAUUGGCGAUCCACUUGGUGGUUGCCGCGUAACACCAGAGAUGUAUGGACAUUUAACACACUGGUUAUCUUCUUUGGCUAAUGGUCGUAUUAUCCUCAGUCUCGAAGGGGGUUACAAUAUUAAUUCGAUUUCACAUGCAAUGACCAUUUGUACAAAAACGUUACUUGGUGAUCCUUUGCCGAUGUUGGAAAGCAAUCAGACUCCGUGCGCGAGCGCCGUUAACUCUAUAAACAAUGUUUUAAAAACGCAGAAGCAAUAUUGGCCGAAUUUAACAUUUAAUGUGUCUCUGCCGAAAGAGAAUGUACUCCCCAAGGCUAAAGUGUUACACGUAAAAACAAAUGAAGAAACGAGAAACGUUGAAGAACAUUCCAAGCAGUCCGAGUCUAAGAUAGCGUUGGAAGAAAUUGAAAGUGAGAAGUUGGAGUUGAAAAUUUCGAUUAAUAAAACAUGUCUAAAUUCUGUGACGGACGAAGAAAUUUCAAAGUUACAAAACGAGGUGGAGAAUAUAAAAAUAAAGAACUCAUCGUACGACGACACUUCAAAGGCGAUCGAAGAAGCUCGUAAUAAAUUAUUAAACAUGCAAGUUUCCGAAUAUGGAAAGAAAAACGUAAAUCAGCCGGGAAAGGAAGCGUCUUCUGAGAAAAAUGUUAAUAACUCAAACCCUGGUGGCAGCAGUGGUCGGAAUGAAAGAUCGGCUGCUGAAGGAAGUGUUGCUACAAACUUGUACGAUUACCUGUCUCAAAAUUUGCAGGCGUUGGUAGUUGGAGAAAUGUUUGCAAUAGUACCUUUACGAGAAUGUCCACACCUGGAUAGUGUCAGCGAUGUACCGGGAUCGGGAAUCAAUGUACAUUUGCCAUGUCUGGAAUGCGAAAGCAAUGUUGAAAAUUGGAUCUGUUUACAAUGUUACACUGUACACUGUGCGCGCAGCAUUAAUCAACACGGCGUGUUGCACGUAGAAAGAACGGAACAUCCUUUGGCUCUGAGUUUUACCGAUUUAUCGGUUUGGUGCUACAGUUGUGAGGCGUACAUAGAUAAUCCGCGACUAUACGCUGCUCGUAAUGCCGCACAUCAAAGUAAAUUUAACGAAGAAUUACCAUGGACAUAUAACGAGAAUUGAAGUGCAAAUAUUUAAUAAUACAUUU